AUGGCAAUAGCGGGAAAGGACAAAAGGAACGCAGGAAAGCAAACAGGGAUGGAUUAUUCAGUCAGCAGAGGUAACGUCGAAAGAAUUCCGGCUACGCAGUGGGCAGGGAAAGGCGAUAUGGUGAGGGCAUACCUCCAAGGCCUUUCCCCGUGCCACGGAUCUGUCAGCACGUCGAAGGGGAAGACUGCCGAUCGCUCGGAAGUACUCCGACCUCCUCGACCUCCUUUCGGAACCGGGGACAAGGAGGAGGCCUUGGCCUUGUACCGGGAGGGGGUGAAGGAGCUGGAGAAGGGGAUCGACAUCGUGAUCCUUGGGAAGGGACCCGAGUACGAUCGAGCCGAGAGGUUUCGGGAGAAGAUGAUGAACAAUCUACGCUUGGCGCAGGACAGGAUGAAGUUUCUCGAAAACAUGCUGCAUCUGCACAACCUGGAGUUAGAGACACCACAGAGUGCCAAAGGUGCAGAGGCAGAGAACAACGAAGGAGCAUCCAGACGGAGGUUCUGGCAGAAACGAUCCACAUCCUUGGAUUCCUCAUCUGCCAAAGUCAAGGUUGGGCCAUCCAGAGGUGCACUCACGCCCAGCCCGAUACCCAUUGAAGAGGGCUCUGAGCUGCUUGUUAGCAUAUCUGUCUAUGAUAAUCAUCGGAGGAUUCAAUCGUUUCUCACCGCGAUCGGACGGAGGUUUGUCUUGCAUCGUGUCUUGCCUCGAUCGGAACGCGGACCUCCAUCCGUCUUCCAUAAUCUCACGCUCGUGAUCGGGGCAGCCCCACCAUCCAGAAAAGGCAAGACGGCAGCAGAUGCCAGGGCGAAACCUGCAUCACGAGGAGGGACUGCAGGGUCGGGAGGUGUAACUUCACGACGGCCCCUCUCAAAUGGUGCCCUUGGUCCUCCAGGGAACCGGUUGGCUACAAGAAAGCCAAGCAUUGAGAAUCUGCCAGGAGCAAAAGGGAUUCCAUCUGCCCGGGGCAAUCGUGGGAUAUCCGCUGCAUCAAAUACUCAGAGGAAGGAUGCGGGGCUUCAAACCAGGGUUCAAGGAUUGCCAGGAGUGGAUUCUCACUGUGCCAAACUCAUCUGUGAUGAAAUAGUCACCACAUGCUCAAGUGUGGCUUGGGAUGACAUUGUGGGACAAGAUACUGCAAAGCAAGCUCUCCAUGAGAUGGUGAUCCUUCCUGGACUCAGGCCAGAAUUGUUCACUGGCUUGAGAACUCCAGCUAGAGGCCUUCUUCUGUUUGGACCACCAGGAAAUGGGAAAACAUUGUUAGCAAAGGCAGUAGCAAGUGAAGCUCAAGCCAAAUUUUUUAGCAUUUCUGCUUCAAGCCUCACAUCAAAGUGGUUUGGUGAGGGGGAGAAGUUGGUGAAAGCUCUUUUUGCUGUUGCACAGUAUAUACAGCCCUCUGUGAUAUUUAUGGACGAAGUAGAUUCCCUUUUGGGGAAGAGGAAGGAAAACGAGAAUGAUGCCCUACGCAGGCUCAAGACAGAAUUUUUAGUUCAGCGAUUUGCCAAACGGAUAUAUGUCUCCCUGCCUGACAAAGAAACUCGUCAGAAACUCCUGGAGGCUCUCCUAUCCAGAGAGAGUGGACAAGGGAAGCCAUUGAGUGGAAAGGAGCUCAAGCGAUUGGCCGAGCUGACCGAAGGUUAUUCUGCAUCUGAUAUCACAGAGCUAGCCAAGGAUGCUGCCCUUGGUCCUAUUCGAGAAUGGGAUCCACAGGUCCUGAAGACAUUGGAUGCUCAGAGUCUCAGGGGUAUUACAUUCCAGGAUUUUGUGGAAUCUUUGAAACGAGUAUCUGCCCCUUCCGUGGGAGGUGGGAUUCGUGAGCGUUCACUAGGGAAUAUGGCGCCUGUCAGAGAGAAUGAAGAGUUGCCCGACGGCAAGAAUGUGUGGGCAUCUAUCCUCGAAGAAGUUCAGUCACAGGAAAGAGUGCGAUUGCCAUCCUGCAAAAGGAUCCUGCUCUUGGGUGAAAAUGAGUCUGGGAAGACUACCUUGAUCGCCAAGUUGCAAGCAAAUGAAGACCCUAAGAAGGGAUGUGGAUUAGAAUAUGCAUACCUUGAUGUACGAGAUGAGUAUAGGGAUGACCAUACUCGCUUAGGAGUCUGGAUUCUUGAUGGAGAGCCUUCCCACAACCAUCUUCUGAAAUUUUCAAUAUCUGAGGAGAAUUUCAAGCAUACAACUGUUGUCUUGGUUGUAUCAAUGAUGACACCCUGGUCCCUAAUGGAUUCUCUUCACACCUGGGCAUCUUUACUUCAGGAUCACAUAGAUGCCUUGAAGCUAGAGCCUGAUGUCAUCAGGGAGCAUCAACGAGAAAAUUCCCGCAGAUGGCGCAACUACAUCGAACCUGGAGAUGAACUUGAACGUGCUGCUAACCUUCAAGUGUCAUCUUCAACAGCUGUAAAUGGAAUUGAUAGUGAAGAUGAUGUCAAGGUGAAUGAAGAGCCUCUGCCUGAGAAUGUUUUAACACGUAAUCUUGGUUUAGACUUGAUGGUGGUGGUCACUAAAACAGAUUACAUGUCUUCUUUGGAAAAGGACUAUGAUUAUAAAGAUGAACAUUUUGACUUCAUUCAGAAGCAUGUGAGAGAAUUUUGCCUUCAGUAUGGUGCAAGCUUGUGCUACUGCUCAGUGAAAGAGGACAAGAACUGUGACCUUCUGUAUAAAUAUCUAGUCCAUAGGAUAUAUGGCUUCCCCUUCCGAACCCCUGCAUUGGUUGUAGAGAAAGAUGCAGUCUUCAUUCCUUCUGGUUGGGACAGCCACAGUAAAAUUAGUAUCCUGCAUGAAAACAUGCAGAGUAUAUCUCCAGACGACGACUACACCGAUGUCAUUGCUCGACCCAUUCCACGCAAAGUUGCAUCGAAGGAAGCCGAAGUUCAUGCGGAAGAAGAACAGGUCUUUUUGGGCAGACAUCUCCAGCUCCUUCAAUCAAGUGGUUCCCCAGCAGCAAAACCAGCAAGAGAGCCUGGUCAAUCACCAGCAGGAGUCCACAAAACCAGGCCACAGAGUUCUUCAAGUCCUGGUCAGGCUGGGCCUCCCAAAAAGCCAGGGACACCUGCAGCCACCACGAGUUCUGAAGGUGUCCUUGCAAAUUUCUUCAACUCACUCCUCAGCAAGAAGACAGGUACAAGUAAUUCAAGUUCGCCUAAAAUGGCUGAGAAAGCUAUCAGCCGGACUGAUGCAGCUGUUGAGUUGGACAGACUCACAGAGAAUUCUAUAAGGAAAGCUCACCCUGGCUCUGAAGCGAUAAGAGGUGGUGGAUGCGACAUUUUCACGUCUUUCGCUUCUAACGACUUCACCCGAGAGCCACAACUACCUGAUCAGACUCUCCUGCAAGAGAAGAGGAUUCUGAACGCACUCUCGAUAUCCGAUCGGGAGGGGCCCUCGUGUUGGCUAUGCGAGGCGCCAUCGCGGCAGGCAUGGCAUCCCCCGUCCGGGCACGAGGGUUCGCUGGGGACACGUGAAACUUGGAAGAUGUCGUCUGAUGUCGCCGUAGCGCCGAGGAUAUCCUCGGUGCAGAAGAUGGCUCUGUAUGAGACCAAAGCGAGAUUCUACUUGGUGGGAUCAAAUCAAGGCCAAGACAAGUUCAGGGUCCUGAAGAUCGACCGGACUGAGCCCCACGAGCUGGUCCUCAUCGACGACAAGGGUCUUUACACCCAGCAAGAAAUCCGGAACCUGUUGUCCAUGAUCGACGUUGGGAAUCGGCCACGCCUGCCCACGAAAGGGGCUGGAGCAGGCCUUUGCAGAACUGUCUCAUCUUUUGGAAUUGUUGGUUUCAUAAGAUUCAUGGAAGGCUAUUACAUCAUUCUGGUGACCAAGAGGCGCAAAGUGGCUCUCAUUGGGUACCACACCAUCUACAAGGUGGAAGACACGACCAUGAUCUACAUCCCUCACGAAUCUAUCAAAAUCCCUCACCCUGAUGAACAGAAAUAUGUCAGACUCUUCCAAAGCAUUGAUCUCUCAUCAAAUUUCUACUUCAGCUAUAGCUAUGAUGUCACACAUUCCCUGCCAUAUAAUUUCAUCGAUGCUUCACGCCUGACUGUCUCUACUCACUUGACACAUUCGAUCAAAGAUGAAACUUUGAAGGCUUGGUGCCAAAAUGUAGCUGUACUAAGGCAGAAUAGCCUUUUCCACAGUGCCAAUUGCAAACAGCCUCAGUAUCCAGCUUUUGCUGUGAAGGCCCGGCCAAACUGGGUGUACCUGUGGAAUUUCCAUCUCAUCAAGCCCAUGGAAGGCCAAGUCCACCCCGACUGGGUGAUGUAUCUCACUCAUGGAUUUGUUGGACAGUCGAACGUCUGUGUUUUUGGCCGACCAUAUUACAUUACGCUGAUUGCUAGAAGGUCCAAUCGCUAUGCAGGGACCAGAUUUCUCAAACGAGGCUCCACACAGCAGGGACAUGUGGCAAAUGAAGUGGAGACUGAACAAAUUGUGCAUGAUUCUCAUCAGAGUGGAUCAAAAACAGGUCUAUUCACAUCCUUUGUUCAGCUGAGAGGCUCCAUUCCUGGUCACUGGAGUCAAGAUAUAUCUAAAAUGGUGCCGAAGCCACCAAUCUUGUUUGAGCGAGCAGAUCCAUUUUCUGAAACUGCUGGGGCUCACUUCAAUCAAUUGCUUUGGAGAUAUGGAACUCCUGUGAUGAUUGUGAAUCUUGUGAAGAAGCGAGAGAAGAAACGCCAAGAGUCCCAGCUCAGUGAAGAGUAUAGUGUAGCUGUGGAUACACUGAACUUAUUUCUCCCACCCAAACAUCGUAUCCAAUAUAUCAGUUUUGACAUGGCUCGAGGGAACAAACUGAAAGAUUCAAAUGUGAUGUCCCGGCUGGCAGUUAUAGCCCAUCACUGUGUGAAACGAACAGGCAUCUUCAUGUCUCAUUCACCAUAUUUCUCCUUGGAAUUACGUCCAGAUCCCCGCUUUCGUGAUCUUGUGGCACAACGGGCAAGGACUCUAGACAUAUCCAAGAUUAAAAUGGGGAAGCAUGGUUCUGUGGGAAUGGUACAGACCGGAGUGAUCCGUACAAAUUGUGUCGACUGCCUGGAUCGCACCAAUACGGCUCAGUUUGUGAUAGGAAAAUGUGCCCUUGCAUUUCAGUUGUAUGCAUUGGGUGCCAUCGAGAAGCCAGAGUUAGAGUUUGAUUCUGAUUGUGUGAGAAUGCUUGAGAUGCUCUACGAGGACCAUGGCGAUGUCUUGGCCCUUCAGUAUGGAGGCUCUCAACUUGUUCAUCGCAUCCACACGUACAGGAGAACGGCUCACUGGACCGCACAAGGCUCAGACAUCAUGCAGACCCUCUCAAGAUACUAUUCCAAUGCAUUCUCAGAUGCUGAUAAACAGAAUGCCAUAAAUUUAUUUUUGGGUGUCUUUAUCCCAAAGGAGAGCAAAGUUCCAAUUUGGGAGCUCCUUUCUGAUUCUUAUCUCCAUAAUGAUGCUGCCUUAGGGAAGCCUCUUCCAAAAAGAAGCUGCACCCAGUGGUGGGACUCAGAGGUAAUGGAACAUCUCCCAUUGGCAGCAUCAGAAUGCAGAAAGACCUGUGAAAUAGUGUCAAUUGAAGGGGAUCCACAUGAAGAGACUAUUGAUGGUUUUGCUGAGCUCUACAGACCCAAGCAUCUCAGCAACAUUGCACAAUUGUUUGCAUACACCAUGAGCCACUCUGUUAGGGAUUUCAUGCCAACCUUCACAACUGAUACAAGCCCCUUUGUGGCCAGGGUUAGACCUGGGCGAAGAGCAGAGGGAGCAAAGAUGGAAAAAAACCCCUCACUCACCGGACAAAGUUCAUCUACUUCUACAAACUCCAGUUCUGACUCAGAAGCAGAUAACUCAGACGGCUUGGAGUCCCUGGACAAGAAUCCCUCUACCUACGAAGAAGAAAAGGCAGGAGACUUGAGCACUUCGUCUCUGGCCGAUCUCUGUCCGUCCAUGAAGCAGGUCUAUGGAUUGGAGAUCAAGGAACCUAAAGAAAAAGAUAUGGAGAUUUACCGAAGGUACACGACGGUCGCUAGAGCGACCUUCCAACCGCGAUGCAAGGAGACGGAGUCCUUCCAAUUUAAGUUCGUCGAGCCGAUCUUCCCCAAGAAGUGGAGUUCGUACGAAGUGGAGAUCCCGACCGUGAGCAAGGAGUCCCGCAAGAUCUACGAGGAGUACGUCCUGCGCGGAGUCCACGGCGCCACGCUCCCCGCCGAUGAGGACGUCAUGGCCUACAUCCACUAUGUGUCCGAUUCGCCCGAUGGCGCUCUCAAGUCGGUCGCAUGAUCGUUCCUUGCGCUCGUAAGCGAAGUGGCGGGUUGAGGUCUUUUACAUUUCGUCAUUGGCAUAUCACAUUUAUUCAAUGUAUUCCAGUCAUCUGGCUUGAGGGUAUUUCCAUUUGGCGGUGUUUUAUCGGAUUAGCUCAAGCUCGUGGGCCUCAUUUCUGCUUCGUGUGAUUGUGGCUGUGAUAGUAAUGUUAAUAAAAUGGAAUUAUCA